AUGUGGAAUAUUCCGCAAGUCACAUGGUCCACAGGAAGUCAUUCAAUUCCUCUGCAGGCCAAAAGUAAGUUCACUUAUUUAUUUUUCUGUAUUGAUUAUAUUUUAAGUAUGACUGGGAUUGUUAAACUCUUAUCACAGUCCUGUUACCUAAAAUAUUUUUGGAAUGUAAUUGGUUCACACAAUGAAAUGACGAGGUUCCUGCCGCUCGACCAGGUGAGGAUGACGCACCGCUUCAUGUUGUCGCUGAUCCUGAGCUUCUGGCUGCUGGUGGCGGUGGCCACGGGCCUGCUGACCCGACUGUCCUUCUGCAAGUCGGUGGUGAUCAACAGCUACUUCUGCGACCACGGCCAGAUCUACCGGCUGGCCUGCAACAGCCACUACCCCAACUACGUGGUGAGCUGCGUGUACCCGGCGGUGAUCUUCUGGCUGCCGCUGGCCUUCAUCCUGCUCAGCUACGCGGCCAUCGGCUGCACCCUGGCCAAGGUGGCCGCCGUCCGGGACCGCCUCAAGGCCUUCCGCACCUCCGUCGCCCACCUCUCGCUGGUGGCCAUCUACUUCAUCCCGCUGCUCAUCACCUUCACGCUGAUGGAGAACAUCCACCCGGACGGCCGCAUCGUCAUCCUGUCGCUCACCUCCGUCUUCCCGCCCGUGCUCAACCCCGUCAUAUACACGCUGCAGACGCAAGAGAUUAAAGAGUCGCUGAGCAGGCUCAUCAGGAGCACCCGACACAGCAAACACGUCAGACCCUCAAAAGUUGUGGACGGUGCUCCAAUAGGACGUGCAGUCACAACUCCACUUACGAGCGACCCGACUCACGAGUUUUCCGAGAUGCGCAGCGUCGCUCGGCCGAUUCUUUGCGAUACGCGCGCUACACGGCGGCGACUCAACUCAAUUUGGGAGAAAGUGAACAACUCUUCGAAAAAGAAGCUUGAAGCUGUUUAUUGCCACUCCCAGUUAAAAUACACUGUCAAACAAAACAAAAAUAGAGAUUUACACAUUGUGUGUUUAAUGCCUGAAAGUCCGCUAGCUUAAUGCUAACACACAAUGAAAAAAGCCAUAGAAGGGCUAACGUGGAUGCUGCGGUAGUUAUAAUGCUUCAAGUUUAAGCAAUGCAUAUUUGAACACAAAUGGUAGCAACACUUGUAGACAGACAACAUAAUAUUCACAGGCAUUUAUUCUUUAUCCUCUGUGAAGAAUGACUAAUAUUACUGCAUCUUACUGAGCAGUUGUGUGAGCAUCUUCUUUGUUUAUAUCUGGAUGUAUAUUACUACUGCAUGAAUUCCAGAAAUGAUCCAGUUUAAACAUUUGUUGUUGGUACAUUGAACAUGUAUCUAC